UUACGCCGCUGUGUCACGCUUGCGCACUAGGGCCAAAAAUGCGGAUGCAGUGUUUGUGAUUUUCGGUGCAGGCGGCAAGUACCGACGUAAAGAAAAGUAGUCUAAGGGUUUUUAUUACAUCGUCUAAGUUGCAUUUUAAAGCGAAGGUUUUAUUUUUCAUAGAAGUUUAAGAUGGGAUCACCAGGACUUCGAUCAGAAUUGGAGGAGUACCUAAAGCAGCUUAACAUUGAAACGGUCUGCGUUGACCACCCGGAGGUGUUUACCGUGGAGGAAAUGAUGCCGCACGUGCAGCACCUUAAGGGAGCCGUCACGAAAAACCUUUUUCUCAAGGACAAGAAGAAGAAGGGCCUUUGGCUCGUGUCCACCCGACAUGAUCGGCAGCUAAACCUGAACGACUUGGCCAAGAAGCUGGGUGUUGGCAGCGGUAACCUCCGCUUUGCCGAGGAAUCGGUCAUGCUGGAGAAGCUGAAAGUGGCCCAGGGCUGUGCCACGGCUUUGGCACUCUUCUGCGACCAGGAUAAAAGCGUCAAAUGUGUGCUGGACAGCGACCUGGUGACUGGGGGUCACGAAAGGGUGUAUUUUCACCCCAUGACCAACGCAGCCACUAUGGGGUUGACACCAGAAGAUUUACUGAAAUUCUUAAGGGAAACAGGACAUGAUCCUAUUCUGCAGAGCUUUGAUUAGAAGACUCAGCUCUGGCUCAAGUUAUGUGGUACAUUGCUGGCUGAAAAGUGGCUGCCUGCAAUCAAAAUGUUAUCAUCGAAUGUAAUUCAGGCAAUUAUUUUUUUUACUGUAACUGAUUUUAGUUAAUUUUCUGGCAUUAAAAGGAAUUUAUGCCCUGCAGAAUAAA